ACACUCCAUAUUCAUUAUGUAACAUUUUAAGACGAGCUAGGACCAGUCCAAAGCAGUCUUACUUUCUAUAUUUCCAAUAAUCCUACAAUGGAGUGGUCUCCCCAAGAUGCCAUGAAAGCCUACCUUCAAACUCUCCACUUGUGUAAGGUUCAAAACAAUGAAGAACGUAAGACGAAGGUCAUUGAACCCAGAUGCAUAGAGUUUUUAUCAGCUUUAGCAGCCGGAAAACGAGCGAGAUUGAUAGUGCAAGUCUCUGCAGAAGGUAUAACGCCAUUGACGAUUGCACUGGCCGUGGCUGCAAAGCAGACAGGAGGCCAGCUUGUUUGUAUACUUCCGCAACGUGAACAAGUAGAGAAAAGCAGAGCUUGGGUUAUUGGAAAUGAUCUUGAGGAUGUUAUUGAACUUGAUUAUGGAAAUCCUUGCGAAGUGAUUGAUAAGUACAUGAGUAUCGAUUUUGCAGUUAUUGAUUGUAAAUUUGAAGAUCACUUGAGUUUAUCCAAGAUGAUGAAGCUUAAUCCGACUGGUGCUGUAGUGGUGGUGGCGAACAAUCUCAAAGCAAUGAGAGAUAGAGUUCCGUUUGUUGAAGUCUUAGAAGGGGAGCAUAGACUUGAGUCUGUAACUCUUCCUAUAGGAGAAGGAAUGGAGCUGAUAAGAUUUGGAUCGGUUUGUAAGCGCCAGACCAGGAGAUACAAAAGAUUUCAUGUGACGUUUGAAAACUGAAUUAGUGUAUUAUAAAUAAUAAAUCAAAAGAACUUGUAUAGUUUUCCUGCAAUCUGAUGAUAAAAUUCUCCUAUAGAGUUUUCCCUUUUUUUU